AUAGAGGUCCUUUAAGUCACAUGAUCAAGCACAAAACUCCAAAGCACGUUGAAAUGUUUACGGUUUUUGCAUCUUCAAAUUGUACGUUUUAUUUCACUUUUCACCUACUCCGAAGUCUUAACUAACUAACGUUACACAAUAACGGUCUUAAAAGAAGAUAACUUUUAAGUUUCAAUAUAAAGCUGCAGCAGUAGGUUGCAAAGUGAUGUCCUCCUUCGUAGUUCCAGUCAUUGACGUUCACAAUGACAAUUUUAAGGAGCUUUGGCCUGCUAUGGUUGUUGCAUUGAAAACCUCUUCCUUUAUUGCUCUUGACACCGAACUGAGUGGUCUUGGGAACAGGAAAUCCCUACUAGCUGAAUCUAUAGAGGACAGAUAUAAGGCCAUAUGUCACGCUGCUCGCUCUCGCUCCAUCCUCUCUCUUGGAUUUGCAUGCUACAAAAAACUAGACAACAGGCCUGCAGACUCGUACCUGGUCCAAGUGUAUAACCUGACACUGCUGUGUUCAGAGGAGUACAUCAUUGAGCCUCAGUCUGUGCAGUUUCUUGUGCAGCACGGGUUUGACUUCAACAAGCAGUAUGCUCAUGGGAUCCCCUAUUUCAAGGGCAAUUACAAGGCAGAAUCUGAUUAUCAGGGUGUUCACAUCAGGGCCCUGUUCACUGAACUGCUGCGUGCCCGAAAACCAUUGGUGCUCCACAAUGGCCUCAUAGACAUGGCCUUUCUAUACCAGAGUUUUUAUGCUCAUCUGCCUGAACAACUGGCGACCUUCACGGCUGAUCUGUCAGAGAUGUUUCCUGCGGGUAUUUACGAUACCAAAUAUGUCACUGAGUUUGAGCUCAGGCUGACCGCAUCCUACCUGGAGUACGCCUAUAAGAAAUGUAAACUGGACAACUUUCGUGGUUUGACCUCUGGAGCUGCUGGACCUCAUGUCCAAGUAGAGUUCUGUCAAUACGGGGGUCAUAUGUCCAGCUAUGUGGACUUCAGAGAGUGCUCAGAUGUGAUCUCAUCAGAGGCACACACGGAAAUAUGUGAACGCUUCUCUGCUUUUGGUUGGUGUCCAAAUGGCACACAGUGUCCAUUGUCCCACGACACUGACCUCAUUGUUCUCCAAGAUGAAAAGAACAAGGAGGAUAAAAGAAAAAAGAGGAAGCGACAAAGAAAUAAGAAGAAAGCAGGCGAGAAUACAGUGGAUUCAUCUAUUUUUGAAGGUGCACCAGAAAACAAAAUACCUCAUAUGGAAAUAGAUGUUCAAGAACAGUCUGUUGAUGAGCCAAAUGAGACAGAUAAAAUCACAAGCUCUGUUACAACCAGCGACCUCCCAACCAUUGAUACCGGCAAUGGUGUGGAAAGCAUGAAUAAAGAUGUAAUGAAAAAGUCUCCUAUCCACUCACCACAGAAAAAGAAACAAGACACAGGGACACACAGGGCUGGGUUUGAUGCUUUUAUGACAGGAUACAUAUUUGCUCAUUCUUGUGUCACUGACCAAAAAAGUGAGGAGGGGGAGGCUAGGAGUGAACAGCCAAAGCAGGACGUACAGUUGCUUCCUAGUAGUCUCAAUAAGGUGUACCUCAGUGGCAAAUCUGUCCCACUAAACAUAGUCAAAAGCACCUUCGCCAAGUCAUCCAAAGCACAUGUGCAAAAAAUGGAGAGAGUGUGGGAGUCAAGACACUAGUGGUUUUGAAUGUAACUACUUUCUGUUCUUUUCUCAGGCUGUCAUAUAAACCUUUUUUCACAUUUCUCAUUCACAAUUAUGUUUUGAACCAAUACUGGAAUACUGUAUAACAUUAAGAACUGCAGUAGUAAAUUAAUUUAUCGACACACUGAUUUCAGAUAAAAUGUUAAUAGUAUUAUAAUGAAGUUCACAAAAUACAAUUUAAUUUUGUAUAGUAAUGAAUCUUCGUGGCUUUUCUGUAAAUUUGGAGACUGCUACUUACUUUUUACACUGUAAGCAACACGCCAAUAAAUAAAACUUUUUUUUUUUUUUUUGUAACAUUG